AUGCAACUUGCUUCCAAUAUGAACAGAUCCUUGUCCCAGCUAAACUCUUCAGGUAGUGGUGAGAGCAACAGUUGGCAGCUAGUAUCUAUCAUCACUCCCCUGCUGUAUUCUUUGAUCUUCCUGGUAGGCACUGUGGGUAACUCUUUGGUGCUGGCUGUGCUGCUGAGGAAUGGGCAAAUCAACAAUACCACCAACCUUUUCAUUCUCAAUCUGGGAGUGGCCGACCUGUGCUUUAUUGUCUUCUGUGUGCCCUUCCAGGCCACUAUCUACACCCUGGAUGACUGGAUCUUUGGGCCCCUCAUGUGCAAAGCUGUGCACUUCUUCAUCUAUCUGACCAUGUAUGCCAGCAGCUUCACCCUCACGACCGUAUCCCUAGACAGGUAUUUGGCCAUAAGGUACCCUUUGCAUUCAAGAGAAUUAAGAACCCCCAGAAAUGCUCUGACAGCCAUUUGUAUCAUCUGGGGUCUUUCCUUCAUUUUCUCUGGACCUUACAUCAGUUACUACCAGGAGUUCCAGGUAGCCAAUGUCACCGUCUGCCAUCCCAUCUGGAAGAUCCCUCAACGCAAGAUUAUGGACCUCUGCACUUUUGUCUUCAGCUAUGUCAUUCCAGUGUUGAUUCUGAGCCUUACCUACCUGAGGACCAUCCGUUACCUCUGGACGUCAGUGGACCCCAUUAAAGACAUGUCUGAUUCCAAGAAGGGCAAGCGCAAGGUCACCCGGAUGAUUGUCAUUGUGGCCGUUCUGUUCUGCCUUUGCUGGCUUCCCCAUCACUUGGUCAUCCUCUGUUUUUGGUUUGGCUAUUUCCCGCUGAACAACGCUACCUAUGUACUUAGGAUUCUCUCUCACCUGAUUUCAUAUGCCAACUCUUGUGUCAACCCCAUUGUCUACGCUCUGGUAUCCAAGCAUUUUCGCAAAGGUUUCAAGAAGAUCUUCAGUUGCCUUUUGCACAAAAGAGUGGCCAACAAGGUCCAUGUGGCACAAGUGACCCACACAGUUAGCACCUUGGAGGCAGAUCUGACAGAGGUGAUCCACGUCAGUGAACCCACCCAUGCCAGGGCUUCCAGCUGCUGUCAGAUCCCAAUCCAGACAUGGGGAGAGGCAGAACAGCUGAGUCGCCAAGAGAAAGUUGCCAACUCUUUCAUCACUUUCAAUGUCACUUAG